CUUGAGAGGCAGUUUGUUGGAAGUUUCCAGCAGAUCAAGGCUGUUGAUCCUAUGGCCAUGUUAGCACCUGUACAACCACAAGGAUUUGGCUUGAGUCAGCCAAGAUUUGAAGGCAGUAGGGUCCACUACCGCACACCUAGACCCAGCAGGCCAAUCAGACCACAUAAUCAAAGCUAUGAUGCUGUUGGCUCUAGCCAAAUGGGAAGAAGACCCUUUUGCACAUAUUGUAAAUUCAAUGGUCACACCAUAGAGCAAUGUUACAAAAGAAAUGGGUACCCACCUGGUUAUACUCCCAGACCAGCCAGUUUCAACAACCAAUAUCGAGGGCAAGCACAUUCAGCAGUCACUAUCCCACCAACUGGAUCACCUGGGAUCACAGGAACUCUCUCUAAUCUGAGGCUAUCAAGGGAGCAAUAUGAUCAACUUCAAGCUUAUGUCUGCGAUCCAAUUGGAACAUCCACUGGACAAUCAAGUUCUGGAGGUCAUUUAUCAACCUCUUCCCCUUACAAUGCAGCCGCAUUUGUAUCGUCAGUCACAAAUCCAGCAGGACCUUGUUUCGGGGAGGAGGAUUGGUAUGGCUAAUUUACGACAAGGCCUUUAUCACAUGUCACAUGAUUCUCAGCCCACUUCCUUAGCCCUCACUAGUCAAUCACAAUCACCCAAGAAUUUUGAUUUGUGGCAUUUCCGUUUGGGACAUUUGUCACAUGCUAGAGCUAGUAUUUUGAGCAGUGUGGAGCCUAGCAUAGUCACUAAUGCAUCACAUCAGUGUGCUAUUUGUCAUUUUGCCAAACAAAGAAGACUUUCCUUUCCUAUAAGUGUAUCUAUUAGUUCAGAACCUUUUGCCUUAGUACAUAUUGACAUUUGGGGCCCUAAUCCCAUUCCCUCUUAUGAUGGUUUUUCAUAUUUUCUCACCCU